UACCGGCAGCUGCGCAAGAGCAACGCGUUCAUCGACCGCCGCUUUGGGGAGGAUGACGAGAGCCUUACGGCCGACGAGAAGGCUCUGCUGCGCUUCCAGAAGCAGCGGCUCAAGGAGCUGGCGGGCGGCAAGUUCACGCUGCCGGACGAGGAGGGCGGCGAAGGAGGGGAGCAGCUAACGCACAUGGGCCAGUCGUUGGCUGAGCUGGAUGAUGCGCAGGAGGGCUGGGGCUCUGACGACGAGGGCGACCGGCGGCUGGAUGAGGAGCUGACUCGGGACUUCCACUUUGGCGGCGGGCUGUUUGAGAGGAAGGCGGGUGGCGGCGGCGGCGAGGAGGGCGAGGAGGGCGACGAAGGCGGGCAGCCGCACAAGAAGAGCAAGAAGGAGUUCACGUAG